CAACUGUCCAACAACCCACAAUUGACCCUCGAACAACCCACUCCGGACGAUUACUCCACCAACCCAGUCGAUCUCGCAGGAAUCAAAGCCUCCCCAGAUUUCCAUCCCCCCAGCGCCGACCCACACAUCGAUACACCCACCGAUCACACGACUACCUCAACAGCCCACCCGCAUUCGAACGACGAGCUUCCAACCGACUUCUCUCUCCACCGCCAACAAAGCCUGGUCGAUAGCACAGAUGCGGCCGUUAUAAACACGCUCAUCCACAACCCGACCGUGGCCGACAGCUCUGUCGUUCUUCCAGGCAUUUCCUCUUCCGCUUCAUCCAGCAUGGCAACUUCUGCGCGUCGCAAGAUAUGGGUCAAGCGACCCGGCGCAUCGGCAACUCUCGUCCAGAUCAAAGAGGAUGAUUUAGUGGAUGAUGUGCGGGACAUGAUAUUGAGGAAAUAUGCCAACUCGCUGGGCAAAACUUUUGAUGCACCGGACAUGACACUUCGCAUCGCUACUCGCCUUGUGCAUGGUAGUGCUCGCGACGAGCGACUGCUUGGACCCGAGGAGGACAUGUGUCACACAAUAGACACCUACUAUCCUGGAGGUCAAACAGUGGAAGAGGCGCUGCUCAUAGAUGUGCCGCAAAAGAGGACGCCAAAACCGUCACCUCGGCCAUACCAACAUAUGAGUUACCACGCCAUGGACGAGUUCCGUCCGGCGGAGAAUGGGACUGAUUAUUUCCCGCCUAUGCCGGCCGUCAUACAGCCGACCCUGCCACAGACGGCGUUACCUCACACCCGAGACCCUCACCAUAAUCUCGCUCCCGAACACCCUCGAUCGAUGGCCGUAGUCAACACUGGUCAAAUCCCACCGAUACCAUCUCCAGGCGGCGUGGCGCGUCGACAUCGUGCCGACCGGGAGCAUCGCCCGAAAUAUGGACGACAACAUACCUCUUCACCAACCAUACUCAGCCACAACCCGACCACAGGUGUUUCCAUGCCUGCGACCCAUCGAUCAUCGAACCGACCACGCAAUGGAUCCUCGGCGUCUGAAAGCGUCCAUGCCAAUGGCGUGCCCGUUGCACCACCACUUCCAAGUCCUGCCGCACCUGAGGCACAACCGACAGCAAAGACAAUAUCUACCCCAUCUACACCUUUGGGAGGCGCUGCGCCAAACACAAACCGCUCCGCACGACCUCGUAAGACGCGGCGGCAGACACCUGACAAAGCCACGUCACUUUCUCGCAAUCGUCAGGAAGCCGAUGUCUAUCCUGCCUUGCCGAGCAUUUCCAGCAUGCUAGAUGCCUCUGUACCUCCGAUCAACGUACUCAUUGUGGAGGACAACAUCAUCAAUCUUCGCAUUCUGGAAGGGCUGAUGAAGAGACUCAAAGUUCGAUGGCAGACCGCAAUGAAUGGUCAGAUUGCCGUGGAUAAGUGGAGAUCUGGAGGCUACCAUCUGGUGUUGAUGGACAUUCAAAUGCCCAUCAUGAACGGACUUCAGGCCACCAAGGAAAUUCGCAGGCUGGAACGAGUCAACGGUAUCGGCGUCUUCUCGUCUUCCGCGCCUAACAGUCCCGCCGAACUUGAUGUCGCCACAACGAAUGGACGCCCUGGGGAGAAGAAAGAAGCCGUCAAGCACGACCCUGCAGACGACAAGCUCGCCAUGGAAGAAGGCCUCUUCAAAUCGCCCAUCAUCAUCGUCGCUCUGACCGCCUCCUCCCUUCAAUCCGAUCGUCACGCCGCGCUGGCCGCAGGCUGUAACGACUACCUCACCAAGCCCGUCGACUUCGUCUGGCUGGAAAGAAAAGUCAAGGAGUGGGGUUGCAUGCAGGCGCUCAUCGACUUUGACGGAUGGCGGAAGUGGAAGGACUUUGCGGCCAAAGCGGACGCCGGUAAGACGGAGGAGCAGAGGCAGAAGGAUCGCGAGCUGGAGGAGAAGCAGAAAAUAAAAGCGGAGAAGAUGGCGAAACUGCAAGAAAAACAAAAAGCGAGGCAGGAGGAGUUGCAGAGAGAAAAGGAGAGGAAGAAGAGGGAGAGUUUGCAGGGUGCGGACAGUGUGCCGGGCCUGGCGCCUGAGGCUGCGCAGGAGACGGCUGCUGCUGCUUCGUGA